UGCUAGAACGCUUCGGGCGGUUUCAGUUCCAAGUGAAAUUGUUUUUUUGAAUCAGUGCCAAGUCUAAAAGCUGCACAUCACACGAUCUCGGAGGAUUGAUCUUCCGAUUAUCGUCUAAGUUGGUGCUAACAGUGACAAAGUUGCUUUUGCCUUUCUUGUUGAAUAUUUGUCGGUGAUAGUGACGCAGUUGUGCUACUAUCAUUCAUAAGUUUUGAUAGUGAUUUUUCGUGAGUGAGGAGUGAAAAACAUGUGCCAAGCGAUUACACAAAAUGAUACAAAUGAGCAAAGAGAAGAUAACUUUCAAGAGGAAAAUAUAGAGAGAGCCAUCGAAAAUGAUAAACACCCAAAGCAAGCAGAUUUCGAGACGGCUUUAGCGGAGACAAAAUUUGGGAAAUUCAACUAUUUCAUGAUAACAGUGGCUGGGACUGUAUUAAGUUCAGUACUUUUUGACACAUUAGGCAUAAGUUAUAUAUUGCCAGUAACGGACUGUGAUUUGAAUUUCUCAAUACAACAAAAGGGUGUACUUGGUGCAAUUGGAUUCAUUGGUAUUAUAACGAGCUCACAUCUAUGGGGAUUCCUAGCGGAUACAAAGGGACGAAGGCGAAUCAUUCGCCCAACGCUUAUGAUUGCCUUCAUACUAACGCUAAUUUCUAGUUUCCUGAAUAAUUUCUGGUCGCUGGUUAUAUUCCGAUAUUUGAAUGGAUUUUUUGUUUCUGGAGGAUCUGCAACGAUUUACGCAUACCUUGGAGAGUUUCAUACAAACCAGUCCAGAUCCAAAGCAAUCAUGGGAGCUUCAGUGGUAUUUGGAAUUGCUGCAUUACUAAUGCCAGGAUUCGCUUGGCUUGUGAUAAACCAAAGUUUCCAAUUUUAUAUUCCCUUCCUUGACAUCGUAUAUAAGCCGUGGAGGUUAUUUUUGCUGGUUUGUGGAUUGCCGAGCUUGAUCAGCUCUUUGUGCUUAUUCGUGAUUCCGGAAAGUCCCAAAUAUACACUGCUUUAUAAGGGCCAGGAUGAUACUAUUAGGAUUUUGAGUAGAGUUUACUCAAUAAACACUGGAAACGAAAGGGAGACAUAUCCGUUUACACAUAUUGAACAAACGGACGAAUACACUCUUCGCAAGCAUGAUUCAGCGACUCUAAGACAUCCUAUAUUGAAUACUUUUAUAUCUAUGUGGAAGCAAAACAGCGCCCUUUUUCAUAGAAAAUACAUAAAGCAAACUGUGCUAGGCUGUCUGUUGCAAUUUAUAACAUUUAUAACGGCCAAUGGACUAUAUAUGUGGUUUCCUGAUAUUCUGGAUCAAAUUGGAGAGUUUCGAAGCUUGAAUCCGAAUAGGGGUGCAUCCGUUUGUGAAAUUGUUGAUGGCAACAAGAUGAAAAGUUUAAAUAUGAACAAUACAAACUGGCAAUACGCGGUUCCGGGAUGUAGAGAAACCCUUGAUAUCACAACUUAUCAGUAUUCGCUUUUCUUAGAGGCUUUGUAUGUGGUAUCAUUUGCAUUGAUUGGAUUUAUAAUCAACGCAGUCGGAAAGCUACCGAUUUUGUUCGUGAUUCUAGUAGGAACUGGAAUAUCAGCAUUUGCACUGGCCUACGUCACUAUUCCGUUGUUAUCUAUUUACUUAUUCGUCAUUUUGAUGCUUUGUGGUUUGGCGACAGUUGUUAUCAACUCAGCAACAGUCGAGCUAUUUCCAACAAGUUUAAGGGCAACGGCUAUAUGUAUUACCAUGAUGGUAGGAAGGUCAGGAAGCGUUGUUGGUGCCAAUAUAGCUGGUGCCCUUUUGGACACUAAUUGUCAGACGGCAUUUCUGUUUUCGGGAAUUACUUUAGUCCUUGGCGGAUUCAUUGGGCUCCUAAUACCAAAAAAGUUGGAAACGAACGAGAAAGCCGAGCAGAAACCAACAGAAAAUAGUCUUUCGGCUAACAGUACUGAAAAUAGUUAAUUUCUAUGAAAUUUCCUUUAUUAUUUUUGUUAGAAUAAAUUAUAAAAAAA